AUGACGUCUGCGACGACUAUUUCGCCCGCCUAUAACCCCUUGGGUCAAUACGCCCCCUACAGCUCGUCCAUAGCCUCCUCCGCCUCCGCCUCCUCCUCCUCCAUAUGGUCGGGGUUUGACUCUGCCUCCCAGACCUCGGACGAUGCUUCUCUCUCUACCUCGUCCGAGAGCGACUCAUGCCACUCAUACUUCGCUUCUCGAGGCUUGUCGACGUCCAGCUCGACUGAGCACGAAGCCCUCGGCCGUCGACCUGACGUUCUGAGCAGACAGCGCCAACUUCCACAGGUUGCGCCUGUUCCUGUCGUUCCCUCGGAGUUGCGCCAAAAUCCCCGACGCACCGCUGCAGCUGCCGGUGGUGCGGGAUGCCCCCCGCCUCUACUCUCGCGGCAACCCGACCGCAAAGUCAACUUCGUCGAUAGCCUUGUUGACUCGUCCACUCAGAUCGUGGAAGCCAUAUGGCCCCUGUCUUCUGCCCCGUGCCGCCCGGAACCCGGCACCCGGACCGUGCUGCCUCUGCGCACCUUCAUCCAGGAGACGCUUCGGCGCUCGCGCACCAGCUACUCGACCCUGCAGGUGGCGCUGUACUACCUCAUCCUUAUCAAGCCCCACGUCCCCAAGCGUGGCUUUGUCGCUGAGCAGUACGAGGACCGCUACGCCGACCGGGCCCUUCAGUGCGGCCGGCGCAUGUUCCUCGCGGCCCUGAUUCUCGCGUCCAAGUACCUUCAGGACCGCAACUACUCCGCGCGAGCCUGGAGCAAGAUUUCUGGCCUCAAUGUACAUGAGAUCAACCAGAACGAGGUUGCAUUCCUGCUUGCUGUCAACUGGAAGUUGCACAUCACGGAUGACGUCUUCCAGAGGUGGACCGAGAUCGUGCUCAAGCACACUCCGCCGCCACCACCGCCCUCCCCUGGCGCCCUCUCCCAAACCAUUACCCAGCAGACGCUGGAGUGGAAGCAGGUUAUCCUGCGUUUGGACCCGGAUUUGACCAACAUCGAGGGGCUUAUCCCUGCCCUUCGCGUGCCUGCCAGAUCCAGUGAUCUCUGCGCACUCUCGCCUCGCAGCAUCCUCAACCUUCCCACGGAGCAGCAGCAGAAGCACGCAUGUGUUCCUGUUCCGGCUCCGGUCACGGUUGAGGAAGCUGGCCGUGGCUCCAAGCUUUCCGCAAAAAUGGCACCCGCAUUGGGCCCUCUCCCGACGCCCCGCCUGACACCGCAAUCCAGUGGAAUCUGUACUCCUGCAGUGAGUGCCGCAUCCCACAUGCUCGGAAAAGGCAACGCAAUGUGCCUGGCCGUGGCUCAGGCCGGCAGCCUCAGCACUAUCCAACAUAUGGAGCGCUUUCCCGCGACCUCGUCGACACCCCCACAGCACUACUGUCCCGCUCGCCGGUCUUCGCUUGCCAAUUCAAUCUCGACCGUGUCCUCUCCCGACUCAAUGGUCUCGGAUCAUUCGCACACCUCUCGCUCGUCCUCCAUUUCGUCUGCAUCAUCUUUCGCUAGCGCGACCCUCAACGGCUCGUUGAUGGCUCAGUCGCGAUCCCGAUCGAUGAAAGCGAUGAAUGAGAGAUCGAGUCUGAGGACGACUAUUCAGCCCGUUUCGGAGAGCUACGAAGAGUAUCGUUUCACGUCAUCCCCCGAAUCGUAUACCGGCCCGGUUGCGAAACUCGGGAGUCUUUCCGUGGAAACUACCUUGGCAAGACAGCAGCGCGAAUUGGAGGGUAUGUCACGGGACGCCGCAUCCGAUGCCGCACGCGCUCUCCAGCAUUUGCACAGCCAGAGCAUCCGCAGCGCCGAGUUCACGCCCCCAGCGCUUAUUGCGCCCAAGACUAGCCUCAAGCGUAGCAGGACCGCGUCUGUCGACCAGCCUCUGCAGGAACAUGUUCGCGAGAUUCUUCAUUACGCACCUCAAGGCGCUAGAAGUGCCCCCUGGCCGAUUACUCGCUCGCGGCGACUUGAUGGGUCAGAAUCAUACUUUCAGGUGCCUGUUCUCCCCAGCCCGGAGGACACGAGAAAGCGGCUCUGUUGCUCUGCCGAAGCGGCCAGUGGCUAUCAAGCGGCGACGAGCAAUCACGCAUACGGCCACCGGGAGCCAAGCUUUUGGGGCAUCCUUAAUUGAUUUUCUUACGAGGCGUUUGGUACAUUGUCAAGCUUCAUCCAGGAAAUGUUUUCACCAAACAAUCUAAUGCUGUUCUUCAUCACGGAUCCGGUCUGGGCCGUUAUCACCGAUCCUGUCAUUCGUUACUCCCUCUUUAGCUUCGCUUUUUUUGCCCUUUUUCCCUUCCCUUUGUCAGAAGAAUUUACGGUUCACAUGGAUGGCGCUCAAGGGGGAGGCCAGGGGCGUCUCGUUGACGGAGCUUGUGUUAUCGCGCACCUCGGGCAGAGGGUACGUUUAUGCAAACAUCAUACACCACCGGACAUGGUAUCCAAGGCAACAGCUUCGCCUUGGAAAAAAAGUGCGUUUAAUCUUUUCAACUGUUUCUACAUCCAGAGACAAGGGAAGUUAUAUAUAUGGAUGGCUACAACGAUGGUGACGAAAGAUAUCCUGUACAGUGUGGAAAGCAAUUUGGAGGUUUUUACUCAGCGGUGGGAGAGGAGGUCUGGAGGCCGUUUUGUGUGUUCGCUGUACGAUUAGAAGUCUUGAUUUUGUUUGCGCCCUUGCCUUGUCUUCUAUCUUUUCUUUUGCUCUACCUUUUACCAGGCCAACGAAGCCUCAUCCGCUUGGA